UCAGGCUUACUAAUACUGGAGACUACCAAAUUGAACCAGAAUUAUCACAAAUGACACAGCUGCUACACAAGUCUAGAAAUGAUAAAUGUCUGGCCGAUGUGCUUUUCCAUAGGCCACAAAUCAAACUUCAUCGCCCAUUCGAAUCCUGCCCGGAUUGCGCAGCUCAUCUGGAAUUCUGUUCUGAAUAAUUUGUAGAUUUUCCGAAGGCUCCAACUUUCGGCAGUUAUGUUCUCGCUCUGCUCCAAACCCUUGUCCGUGGACAGGCACCGAGGUGGAAAACAAAUCAAAGGCGGAUAUUUGCUACGUUAUAAAAGAAAUAUGUUAUGGAGCAGAUGGCAUGAAGAAUGGGUAGUUUUAUAUGAUGAUUCAACAAUGGCCUGGUUUAGAGAUCCCGGGCGUAAAUCUCCGAGCGCCGAUUGUCUCGUGGGGGCUGCUCCGGAAAUGUUCGCAGUGGCCCAUUGGACGCAACAGGUGCCCCAUAGGCCGCCUCUACCAAGGGGCUGCCACGUCACACAGCUGAUGGUUCUCGGCGCCUGGCCUAAGGCGUCCCAGCAGGACCAGAAGACCGCCAGUGCUAAAGUAUACUGGAUGCUUGCCAAGUCGGAAAAAGAAGUCAGCGAAUGGAUAGAAGCUAUUGCAAAAACGUUGCCGCCGCCUCCGAGAAUAGAACUUAUCCUGGACAAACCGCACGCAGUUGGAGCGCAAAGGAGACCGGUUGUCAGGAUCAGACGUGGAAAACAAAUCAAAGGCGGAUAUUUGCUACGUUAUAAAAGAAAUAUGUUAUGGAGCAGAUGGCAUGAAGAAUGGGUAGUUUUAUAUGAUGAUUCAACUAUGGCCUGGUUUAGAGAUCCCGGGCGUAAAUCUCCGAGCGCCGAUUGUCUCGUGGGGGCUGCUCCGGAAAUGUUCGCAGUGGCCCAUUGGACGCAACAGGUGCCCCAUAGGCCACCUUUACCAAGAGGCUGUCACGUCACACAGCUGAUGGUUCUCGGCGCCUGGCCUAAGGCGUCCCAGCAGGACCAGAAGACCGCCAGUGCUAAAGUAUACUGGAUGCUUGCCAAGUCGGAAAAAGAAGUCAGCGAAUGGAUAGAAGCUAUUGCGAAAACGUUGCCGCCGCCUCCGAGGAUAGAACUUAUCCUGGACAAACCACACGCGGUUGGAGCGCAAAGGAGACCGGUUGUCAGGAUCAGACCAUCAUCCUCUAUCGAACUGGAGCAAGAAGCAGCUGAUCAGCAACGUCAACGCAGUAGAGCCAAUGCGACUUCUCACGAUGCAGCAGUUGCAGUGCUGCGUCCAGGAGGGGGUUCUUUAGGUCAUCAACUACCUUGGGGCAGAGGUUGGGGAUGGGUUACUCUGCCUAAUGGUGUUUGGAGUGGAGGUCUGUCAUGGUCCCAGUACGACGGGGCUUUCACUCUGCACGCCGUGCCCGCUGCGCACUGCUCCAACAUUUCGGCGAUAAGCGGAGUCGCCGCUUCGGGAGCGAUCGACUAUUCUCCUGCCGCUCUAUUCCAAGCUGACGCACCUGAUGUUACGGACACCGUUUGCCACACGGUGACCACAUCGGUGGGGGACACUGCUCUGUCGGCCGCCACUGGAGCCGAGGAUUUCGAUUAUGCUAUGGAUUUUGGAGAUUGUUUCGGACUCUUUUAA